UACCGCAACACCUUAAACAACGAAACUUGAUAAUUUUGCGUUCUGGUUGAAAGUGAGAGUGUAUUGCCCUCUGAGAUCGAAACCAAUGGAGAAAGGGAAUCGCAGUGAAGACUUAGUUGAAACCCUAGUGGCGAAAGAGUCCAAUUACGACGUUGGUGUUACACCAUCACCGACCAAUCCUGCUUCACUAGAUUCUAUUGAAAAUUCUUCUUCUGCUGAUGACGAUUGGGAAGCAAUAGCAGAUCGUGAACCAGACAAGUUAGUGCCCAUGGUGUCUUCAGACAUUUUAACUGGAGUGUCAAAAAUUAAAUUGGAGGACUCCAAAAGUCCAACCCCAAAGCGGCGUGGAAGGGGAACAUUCUCUUAUGAUAAAGAUAAACUUUAUAGUGAUCGGUUACUUGAUGGUUCGAUUAUUGAUGAUGUUGAGGACGAUGAAACUAAUCGUGGUUCAGAAGAUAAGAAAGAUACAACUAACUUACAAUAUGGGACCAAUCAUGUUCUUCUGCUGUCUCACUUUUCACCAAGCACUAGAACAACCGACUUGGAGAAGGUUUUUGAGGACAUAAAAAAUUGUGAUUUUGUGAUUCGCUGGGUCAAUGAUACAGUUGCACUUGCAGUAUUCCGAACUCCUGCAGAAGCACUCCAGGCUCAAAGCAAUGUUCGAUGUUCAUUUAAUAUGAGUAUAGGGAUACUUGAUGAAGAUGAUGCUAUUCUCAGUUCACUUAAAGCAAAUGACCUGAAACCGCCUCAGCAAAGACCAAAAACCUCGGCCACAGCAGCCCAGAGGAUGAUUGCUAACAGCAUGGGAAUAAAGUUACCCUCCCCGAGCCACGUGACAGGGUCCCGAGAACAUAAAAGGCACGAAGAUACAAGGAGGGAACGCAUUGUUAACAGGCAAAAGUUGAAAGAUGAAGCAUGGGGAGAUGAUUAAUAUCUUCAUAGUACUGUUUUAAUUAUUGUAGCUUUUAACUCCAUUCAUUGUAUCCAUAACAAUCAAUAGAUGCUUUGUCUGGUAAUUCGUAAGGUGUAGUUAACGAAGUAACGAAAUAAUUUACGGAACAUGAAAUCACGUUGCACGGGCUAUGUCAGGCGAAUUUGGUCAACAUAGAAAAUAAUCUGUAUAGUAUAUGGACGAUGGUUUAAAACUUGUACAUAAAUGUGACCUUUGCAGAUUCUCAAUUUUAGCGUUACUUUGAAA